GUCACGGUAAACACUCAGUGCGGAAGUGCGCUAGGACGCACAGAUUUACCUUUUUUUCUUUGAGAUUUACCAACAACACAACGCGAUUCUGCGUUACAUUAAUUUAAAAAAUGUUUACACUUGAACCGUAACAAAUCAUAAGUUUUCUUUCAAAUCGCCGUCAACAAUGACGAAUGCCAAUUUACAGAAAGCCAUUGAUUUGGCCAGCAGAGCCUCGGAGGAGGACAAGGCGAAAAACUAUCAGGAAGCUCUGCGCCUCUAUGAACAUUCAGUCGAGUAUUUUAUUCAUGUGAUGAAGUAUGAUGUUCAAGGGGAAAAGGCCAAGCAGAGCAUCCGAGCAAAGUGUGGCGAGUACCUGGACCGAGCGGAGCAGCUCAAGCAGUACCUGAAGAAGAAAGAGAGCGCGCCGCCCUCCAAACCCGUCAAAGUUCCCCAGUCUGAUGACAAAGGGACCGACAGUGAUGAUGGCGAUGCAGAGAAAAAGAAAUUCAAAAACCAACUCCAGGGUGCUAUUAUCAUGGAGAAGCCUGACAUUAAGUGGGAUGAUGUUGCUGGUUUGGAAGGAGCCAAGGAGGCCCUUAAAGAAGCGGUCAUCCUGCCAAUCAAAUUCCCUCAUCUUUUCACCGGGAAAAGGACUCCAUGGAGAGGGAUUCUGCUCUUUGGUCCUCCGGGAACAGGGAAGUCCUACCUGGCCAAAGCUGUGGCCACCGAGGCCAACAACUCCACGUUCUUCUCCAUCUCAUCAUCAGACCUGGUGUCCAAGUGGCUGGGAGAGAGCGAGAAGUUAGUGAAGAAUCUGUUCAGUUUGGCUCGGGAGAACAAGCCUUCAAUCAUAUUCAUUGACGAGAUCGAUUCCUUGUGCGGCUCGAGAAGCGAGAACGAGAGCGAAGCUGCCCGCAGGAUCAAGACAGAGUUUCUGGUCCAGAUGCAAGGUGUAGGAAACGACAACGAAGGAAUUCUGGUCCUUGGUGCGACCAACAUCCCCUGGACUCUGGAUUCUGCGAUCAGGAGAAGGUUUGAAAAGCGCAUCUACAUCCCUCUCCCUGAGCAGCCCGCUCGCACCUCCAUGUUCAAGCUGCACCUCGGCUCCACCCCCAAUAGCCUCAACGAAGCUGAUUUCAUCACUCUGGGGAAGAAGUCCGACGGCUACUCGGGUGCCGACAUCAGCAUCGUCGUUCGCGACGCCCUCAUGCAGCCCAUUCGCAAAGUCCAGUCGUCGACUCACUUCAAAAAGGUCAGAGGAAAGGCGUGGAACAACCCGGAUGAUGUCGUGGAUGACCUCUUGACGCCCUGCUCUCCAAACGACCCAAACGCAGUCAAGAUGACCUGGGUGGACGUGGCGAGCGAUAAACUCCUGGAGCCGAUAGUUAGCUUGGAGGACAUGUUCAGGUCACUCGAGAAGACCAAGCCCACCGUGAACGAGGAGGAUCUGGAAAAGCUGAAGAAGUUCACUAAGGACUUUGGGCAGGAGGGAUGAAAUUGUGCUUUCUUAUGGCAUUUAUGUAUAUUUUUUUUCCCAUUAUGUUUACAAAGUCCUUUCUGCAUCUUUUAUUUUUCAAACUCUUCAUUUUGGCAUUUUCUGGGGGUGAAACUUUUUUGCGAGCUAAGCUGGCUUUACAUUGUCCUGACCAUAUCCGAUCAGUGGUUAUGAUUUUGGGGAUGAUUAAGCAUCAGCAGCCAUGUAAAAACAAAUCAAAACUACUAUAUAUAUUCAUAACAUGAGAGGUUUGUUACAAAUGGACCCUGAUGUUUAUGCGAGACUAAAACAAAAUGUGUCACUUUUGUACCUCAUUGCUAAAUAAGACCUUAGCUCAAAGAAACACACAAAAAUAGUUAAAUUACUAAACUUUGAACCAAAAGACAACCACAGAUCUGUGAAAAAGUGUUUACAAAUGUGUGAAUGCAUGUUUGGGUAAUCAGACAUGUCUAGAUGUCUUUUUUGAAGUUUAUUUUUCUACUCUGUAUUUCUACUUUCAUCUGUAAAUAUAAAUGUAUAAAUUACCUCUGAUCGCGUG